AUGGAUAAAGCAUCAAUGCAUUCAAUGAAUGUGACGGAAAUCUUCGAUGAAAACAUAUGUGCUUUAAUAGACAACAUCUGUUUGAGUAGUCAGAUGCCACGUGAAUAUCUUAUCACUAUGUUAUUACCCGCAAUCGGCCAUUUUGUCAAUGGAAGUCAGAUUCGAACAAAUACUGGAACCCCAACCAAUAUUUCGUUCUUUACUACUAUUAUUGGGUAUCCCAGCGUUAAUAAAUCAAGCGCUACGGAAGCAAUUUUAAAUGCUUGUUUGGAAAUUGAAAAACAAACUGGUAUCAAACCAGAAGAAAGUCGAAUUAACUGUAGUGCUACGGUUGAGUCACUUUUAGCUGAACUUAAGAAUACAUCGCCUAGAUUGAUUCAAAUCUGGGAUGAAGCAGUCACUCUAUUACAGUCAUUUGGUCUCUAUAAGCAAGGUGGUGCUGCCUAUGACCGAUCGAUCAUGUGUACACUAUAUAAUUCAUCCGCUGUUGUUAAACGACAGACGAAAUCUGGUAAUAUUGUAGUGGAAAAUCCAGUACUCAACAUUGGGGCAGCUGCGCAUCCGGCUGAUAUAUUUUCAUGCUUAUCUAAUGAGUCAGAUGACGAUGGUCUUAUGGCUAGGUUUUUGUUUUCAGCUCCUAAACCAUGUCUUCCCCUAUCAGACGAAAUCAUCCCGCUUAAUAUUGAUGAACCGAGUUUAACUCACCUUUUGUACAUCAUAUAUUGUUUUAAUUGUACCGAGCAAGCCGAUGUACGACAAACGACGAAUGGUGAAGAACGACGCAUUUUGUACUCAUAUUCGGAAUCCGCUCUGAGGGUGAUAAACAACGCAUUCGACGAGUAUACACUUCAAAUACGAGAAGCCUACGGAAUAGAUCAAGGAUUAGGAUCGAUCUUGGGUAAAGCCAAGGUGCAAAUUAGCAGACUAGCAGGUACAUUACACGCAGUUUCGUUGGCUUCAGCUGUGUUUGAUGUAUUAAUAAAUGACAAUUCUCUACCUGGCUAUUUUGACAAAACUAGACCGGUAUUUGAUUUACUAAAACGAGCUGUUACAGAUUUCAAGGAUACUCACAAAUGGACGAUGAUCUCCGAAGACACAGCGAGAGCAGCAACAUCAUUGAUGAAUUAUUUUAUAACUCAGAAAAAAAUUGUGUCAGUAGUUGAUGUACUUGUUUUACGUACAUUACAGAUCCGAUACGUGGCAACUGACAUUUUUCUUUCUAUUCUUCAAGGUCCAGUCGAUGAAAGUUUGGAGGAAAUGCGUCAACGGCUUGAGCAUAAACGACGAGAACAGGAAGAAAUAGAAAAAAAUCAAGAUAUGGCAGCUGAGUCUCGUCGUUCGAAACCAGCAAAAGUAUCUCUACGACUAGAAGGCGCAAGUGAACAACGCUUCCCAGAGAAGGUUAUAUUACUUACAAAAGGAUCAAAAAUACCAUGGGCUGCUAUUAGUCUUAAUCAUGGCGGAUUUAAAGCAGCAACAUUACGUGAAGCAGCAGAAACUCUCCAAACUGAAAAACUUGGUAUGUUAAGAUAUACAUACACAUGA